CUCGCAGCUGGGGAGAAAAGACACGCGCAUUAGUCUUUUCUCUGCAGUGUCGUUUUGUGCGGCGGUCGCACUCGUUGCUGGCUUUUUUUUCCAUGUUGCAUAUUUCUUUAAUUUGUACAGUAUGAAGUGCUUCGGCCACCGCCCUUACCACCUGGCCGGAGUCCUCAUCCUCGGGGUCCUGUUCUAUGCUGUUUAUUUCCCUUCUCGCGAGGUCGGGACGCCGGUCCAGGUCGCCGCCAGCCCCUCCGUCGUCGUCGUCGCCGAGAACCACGACCCCACGCGCGACAGGCUCCUCGCCCCCCGAGCCGAAACGACGGGUUCGAAGGGCGACGUCGAGGAAACAGCGACCGACCGCGGGAUUUCCCCUCCCGCCUCUCCCGCCUCUCCCUCCGUCGGUUCGCCACGCUCCGCCAAAAACCAGACGUCGAAGGCCUGCUCCUUGGAGGUCGACUUGGCUCCUUGUUCCUGCUCUCGGACCCUCUCCCUCGAGGUGCCUGGGGCCUGUCCGCAGACGUCGGCUGAGGCGCUGAAGAGGAUCAAGGAGUCGGUGGGGCAGUCGACGUGCAGCGAGGCGGCGACUCUGAGGGGCCGCGGCCAGAAGGUCGCAAGUUUCACAGUCUAUGGACAGUACCCAACAGAGUACCACAAUGCCCUACGGCGGUUCCUAGUACCCCGGGUCGCGGAAGUGUACCCUGGCUGGGUGAUGAGGGUGUACCACCAUCUAAGUUACAGUGACGAGCAACAGAAGGAAUGGCUGUGCAACAUCACCUGUACAUAUCCACACGUUGAUUUCUGUGACGUUGAGCGUCUGCCUGGCGUUCUUCCCCCGCAGUGCUACCACGUGAUGCGGGACACGAAAUUCCACGGCGUCUUCAUCAUGGCGGGGAUGUGGGGCGGCUGCAACACCUGGAAGCCAGACGAGGCUCGGACCGUGCGGGAUAUCAUUCUGAGAAACGCCAAGAGGCAUUACGAAGACCAAACUAAUCUCAAUUUCAGAUUGUGGCCCAGAAUCCGCACCAACGUGACCCAGCACGACUCAUACCUCUGCUACAGGUAUCCGGGCUCGUUGCCUUUCCCUUCGGAGCGGUUCAACUUUACCUUCGUCGGCGCCAGGACCUACCGCCAGAAGCACGUCAAGGACAGAGUGUAUGGAGAGUGUCCUGCGGGGUGUAGACCGAAGGGCCAUGAAGACUGGUUGUAUUGUUGAUCUGCGCGUGGCCAGCUGUGCGGGAAGCAUCUGGAAGUUCAGGAUCUUGUUGGCGUAGGAGGAAGGAUGCUUUGGUGGGGCACGUGGCUCGCCUGUGCACUGCUGUCCUAAAAGGCUUUAUGUGUGUGUGUGUGUGUGUGUGUGUGUGUGAGUGUGUGUGAUAGAGAGCGAAAGAGAGAGAGAGAGAGAGAGAGAGAGAGAGAGAGAGAGAGAGAGAGAGAGAGAGAGAGAGAGAGAGAGAGAGAGAGAGA